AGAGAGAGAGAGAGAGAGAGAGAGAGAGAGAGACUGUGUGAGUGAAAGGAAAGCAUGAAGAGUAGUGGACUCCAUAGUCAUAACUCUGGGGCAAAGAUAUUGCGAUCGCCAUUAAAGAAGGGGUCUGUAACUUUUGCCACUCUCUUCUUCUUGCUCAUCUUCAUCAUCACUGGAUUGAUUUCUUCUUCUUGGACCAACUCUUCUACUAUUUCUGUUGGUGAUGUGAGCACGAAAGAAAGAAUUAUAUCAAAAGAGGACAGAAGAACACCAAAAAGAAUAGCAAUCCCCCUCAACUGUUCCAAUGGAAACGAGACUCAAACAUGUCCAGCAAAUUACCCAUCAACAUUUGAAACUCGUGAGGAUGAUGAAUUAUCAUCGAAUUCAACUUGCCCGGAUCAUUUUCGCUGGAUUUACGAAGACUUAAAGCCAUUCAAGGCCACAGGAAUUACAAGGGACAUGGUGGAAAGAGCAAAGAAAACAGCACAUUUUAGAUUAGUGAUAGUGAAGGGAAAGGUUUAUGUUGAGAAGUACAAGAAAUCAAUACAGACUAGAGAUGUUUUCACUUUGUGGGGAAUUUUGCAGCUACUGAGAAGGUAUCCUGGGAGGUUACCGGACUUGGAAUUGAUGUUUGACUGCAAUGACCGGCCGGUGAUCCCGUCACGUGAUCAUCGGGGACCUAACACCACCGCUCCACCGCCAUUGUUUCGAUAUUGUGGUGAUCCGUUGACAUUGGACAUAGUCUUCCCAGAUUGGUCUUUCUGGGGUUGGGCUGAAAUUAACAUAAAGCCGUGGGAGAAUAUCUUAAAGGACAUAAAAGAAGGGAAUAAUCGAGUAAAAUGGAUGGAAAGGGAACCAUAUGCAUACUGGAAGGGAAACCCUUUUGUUGCCGAAACCAGAAAAGACCUCCUUACUUGCAAUGUCACCGAUAACCAAGACUGGAAUGCUCGCCUAUUCAUCCAGGAUUGGAUCCAAGAGUCUCAACAAGGAUUCAAGCAAUCCAACGUAGCUAGCCAAUGCACUUACAGAUACAAGAUCUACAUUGAAGGAUACGCAUGGUCUGUUAGUGAGAAGUACAUUCUAGCCUGCGAUUCAGUAACUUUGUUCGUAAAAACGAAUUUUUAUGAUUUUUUCACAAGAAGUCUGCAACCAGUACACCACUUCUGGCCUAUAAGAGAUGAUGACAAGUGCAGAUCAAUCAAAUUUGCAGUAGAUUGGGGCAACAACCACAAACAGAAGGCACAAGCCAUUGGAAAAGCAGCCAGUGACUUCAUUCAAGAAGAGCUAAGGAUGGACUACAUAUAUGACUACAUGUUUCAUCUGUUAAACGAAUAUGCUAAGUUGUUGAGGUUUGAGCCUAAAAUACCAGUAGGAGCUGUGGAGCUUUGUUCAGAGACCAUGGUUUGCCAUGCAGAUGAGUCAGAGAAGAAGUUCAUGAUGGAAUCCUUAGAGAAGGGUCCUUCUAUUACAAGUCCCUGCACUAUGCCUCCUCCCUAUGAUCCUCAUGCUCUUGGGGCCUUUCUUAGGAGGACAUUCAACUCAAUAAAGCAAGUGGAGACAUGGGAGAGAAGAUACUGGGAGAAUCUAAACAAGCAGCAAUAGAGGUACCCUGUAUUGAUAUAAACUUAUAGAACCUAGGUAAUGAUGACCAUAAAGUGAUUAGCAUGCGAAUUUAACAUUUUUUUUAAUGAAAGCAAUAAAACCUGGUUUUCCUGUAAGGAGAAAGGAAUGGGAAUCACUACGCAAUUGGUGAAACUUGACCC